ACGUUGACAUGGAAUGAGGAAUUGCUUUCUAGCCUGUUUGAAUCAUUUGAUGUGCAAACUGUUCUGAAGAUCAGACCCUCCCAUACCAGAGUAAGAGAUUCUCUCUUUUGGAUACAUUCAAAUCAUGGUUGGUAUACUAUUAAAACUGGAUACUCUGUUUUACGUAAUCUUCAUAGAGAGCAAUCUUCGUCCUUAGCACAUCAUAAUGUCACUAUGCCUUGGUUUAAAACUCUUUGGCAGUUGAAUAUCCCACCGAAAAUCAAAUGCUUUUGGUGGCGUGUUAUUCUUAACAGCUUACAUGUGGCUUUUCAGCUUUGUAAGGGCAACAUACAUGUUGAUGACACUUGUCAAUUUUGUGGACAAGAACCUGAAACCCUUAAUCAUCUUCCUUUUGGAUGCAACAUUUCAAAGGAGAUUUGGAAUCAUGUAACUGACACUGAUACUCAAUUCAUAUCGGAGACUCCCAAGCGCUAUCCUGAAGCACUCUCGCUUCCUCAGCUUUGUUAUAGAGCACUUGCUUAUUGCUGUUUUGUGGCAACCUCAUGGACAUCCUCGACUCAGGAAUCUGGUAUAGCUUGGAUGUUAUAUACUAAAGAGGCUAAACCAAUUUUGCAAGGGUCUGCUUUUAUUGGUUCGGUUCAAACUCCCAUCGCAGCUGAAGUUAUUGCUCUCAAAAUGGCUAUGCAAGAGGUAAACAAGCUUAAUUAUCCAACAGUGGUUUCUGCGGAACUAAUCCUCGUUUGUAUCUCCUAUUUAGUAAAGGGCAAGAAGAAACAGAUGUUA